AUGAGCCAUCGUCGUUGCCGUGACCUGAGCACGUCCCUUCUUCUCAUCUCGCUCAUCAUGUUCUCGUCUCUCCAUGCGGCGUUGGCCUUCCGCUUCUCCACGGGGCUCCGCGCGGACAAGCUGCGUGGGAUGAUGCGCGCAUGGGCGCAAGGCGGGCGCUCGAACGGCCAGCAGCAGCAGAGCGGCGGAAUCGGUGGAACCAGUAUGGGCGGCACUGGCAUGGGCGGCGGCGGCAUGGCUGGCGGCGGAAUGGGCGGCGGCGGAAUGGGCGGUGGCGGAAUGGGCGGCAGCGGAAUGGGCGGUGGCAGAAUGGGCAGCGGCGGCAUGGGCGGCGUCGAAAUGGGCGGCGGUGGAAUGGGCGGCGGCGGAAUGAGCGGCGGCGGCAUGGGCAGCGGCGGAAUGGGCGGCGGCGGAAUGGGUGGCGGCAUGGGCGGAUCUGGGUCCUCUGCUCCCGGAUCACAAGCAGCCAUGGGUCCAGGGGGGAACAUGGGUGGCGGCGGCAUGGGCGGAGGCGGAAUGGGCGGCGGCGGAAUGGGCGGUGACGGAAUGGGCGGCGGCAGCAUGGGUGGUGGCAGAAUGUGCGGCACCGGAAUGGGCGGCGGCGGCAUGGGCGGCGGCAGAAUGGGCGGCGACGGAAUGGGCGGCGAGAGAAUGGGUGGCGGUGGAAUGGGCUGCGGCGGAAUGGGUGGCGGCAUGGGCGGACCUGGGUCCUCUGCUCCCAGAUCACAAGCAGCCAUGGGUCCAAGGGGGAACAUGGGUGGCGGCGGCAUGGGCGGAGGCGGAAUGGGCGGUGGCGGAAUGGGCGGCGGCAGCAUGGGUGGUGGCAGAAUGGGCGGCGGCGGAAUGGGCGGCGGCGGCGGAAUGGGAGGAGGCAUGCGCGGACCUGGGUCCUCUGCUCCCGGAUCACAAUCAGCCAUGGGUCCUGGGGGAGGCAUGGGCGGCGGAGGGAUGGGCGGCGGAGGGAUGGGCGGCGGAGGCAUGGGCGGCGGAGGAAUGGGCGGCGGAGGCAUGGGCGGCGGAGGAAUGGGCGGGUCAGGGUGGUUUUCUCCAGGGUCGCAGGCAGCAACCGGCCAGGGUGGACCUGGGAUGGGCGGAGGGAUGGGCGGAGGGAUAGGCGGAGGGAUGGGCGGAGGGAUGGGCGGAGGGAUGGGCGGAGGGAUGGGCGGAGGGAUGGGCGGAGGGAUGGGCGGAGGGAUGGGCGGAGGGAUGGGCGGAGGGAUGGGCGGAGGGAUGGGCGGAGGGAUGGGAGGGCCUGGGCGCAACAUGGGAGGCGGCAUGGGUGGAUAA